CGGGGGCGGCUCUUUCCUGGGUGGGGUUUGUAAAGUCGUGGCCCGUUAGCAGGAAGCGGAGCAGUCGCCCGGCGCUAGAGUGCGACCCAAUCUGAGCACCCGGUUCUCCAGUCCUUGCCGAAGGAAGUGUACUGCGCGCUCAGAGCACCCCGCCAGUUUCUAGCCAAACUUCACCAACUCCUCUGCCUUUGCCGCCACCAUGCCGAAGACGAUCAGUGUGCGUGUAACCACCAUGGAUGCAGAGCUGGAGUUUGCCAUUCAGCCCAACACCACUGGCAAGCAGCUGUUUGACCAGGUGGUGAAAACUAUUGGCUUGAGGGAAGUUUGGUUCUUUGGUCUGCAGUACCAGGACACAAAAGCUUUCUCUACUUGGCUGAAACUCAAUAAGAAGGUGACUGCACAGGAUGUGCGGAAGGAAAGCCCAUUGCUCUUCAAGUUCCGGGCCAAGUUCUACCCAGAGGAUGUAUCCGAAGAACUGAUCCAGGAUAUCACCCAGCGCCUGUUCUUUCUGCAAGUGAAGGAGGGCAUUCUCAAUGAUGACAUUUAUUGCCCACCUGAAACUGCUGUGCUCUUGGCCUCCUAUGCUGUCCAGUCUAAGUAUGGUGACUUCAAUAAGGAAGUGCACAAGUCUGGCUACCUCGCUGGAGAUAAGUUGCUGCCCCAGAGAGUCUUGGAGCAGCACAAACUCAACAAGGACCAGUGGGAAGAGCGGAUCCAGGUGUGGCAUGAGGAGCACCGGGGCAUGCUCCGGGAGGAUGCUGUCCUGGAAUAUCUCAAGAUUGCUCAAGACCUGGAGAUGUAUGGUGUGAACUAUUUCAGCAUCAAGAACAAGAAAGGCUCAGAGCUCUGGCUGGGUGUGGAUGCCUUAGGUCUUAACAUCUAUGAGCAGAAUGACAGGCUGACUCCUAAGAUUGGCUUCCCUUGGAGCGAAAUCAGGAAUAUCUCCUUCAAUGAUAAGAAAUUUGUCAUCAAGCCUAUUGAUAAAAAAGCCCCAGACUUUGUGUUCUAUGCUCCCCGGCUUCGUAUUAACAAGAGGAUCUUGGCCCUGUGCAUGGGGAAUCACGAGCUUUACAUGCGUCGGCGUAAGCCUGACACCAUUGAGGUGCAGCAGAUGAAGGCGCAGGCGCGGGAAGAGAAGCACCAGAAGCAGAUAGAACGUGCUCUACUGGAAAAUGAGAAGAAGAAGCGUGAGCUGGCCGAAAAAGAGAAGGAGAAGAUUGAACGGGAGAAGGAAGAGCUGAUGGAGAAGCUGAAGCAAAUUGAGGAGCAGACUAAGAAGGCUCAGCAAGAACUGGAAGAACAGACCCGCAGGGCCCUAGAACUUGAGCAGGAACGGAAGCGUGCCCAGAGUGAGGCUGAAAAGCUGGCCAAGGAACGUCAAGAAGCUGAAGAAGCCAAGGAGGCCCUGCUGCAGGCUUCUCGAGACCAGAAGAAGACCCAGGAACAGCUGGCUUCAGAAAUGGCAGAGCUGACAGCACGGAUCUCUCAAUUGGAAAUGGCUCGAAAGAAGAAGGAGAGUGAGGCUGUGGAAUGGCAGCAAAAGGCCCAGAUGGUCCAGGAGGACUUGGAGAAGACUCGCGCUGAGCUGAAGACUGCCAUGAGUACACCUCAUGUGGCAGAACCGGCUGAGAAUGAACAGGACGAGCAGGACGAGAAUGGGGCAGAGGCCAGUGCUGAACUGCGCGCUGAUGCUAUGGCCAAGGACCGCAGUGAGGAGGAGCGGACCACCGAGGCGGAGAAGAACGAGCGUGUGCAGAAGCAUCUUAAGGCCCUUACUUCAGAGCUGGCCAAUGCCCGAGAUGAGUCCAAGAAGACUGCCAACGACAUGAUCCAUGCUGAGAACAUGCGACUGGGUCGAGACAAAUACAAGACCUUGCGCCAGAUCCGGCAGGGAAAUACCAAACAGCGUAUUGAUGAAUUUGAGUCCAUGUAGUGGGCAUUUAGCCUUUAGGGACCCCUCCUCCUCCUUCUUCCUUGUCCCCACACUUCUAUAGUUUUGCCUAACUAACACUGUGCUGGAGCCACUAACUAGAAAAGCCUUGGAGCCAUGCCAAACAUUCAGUAUAGCCAUGGGACCAAAUUUAGCCCUUCAGUUUCCCCACUAACAUCCUUGGGCAAAUGGCCCACUGUGGUGCCAACAGAAUCUCCUUUACCCUCUUUGUUACAUUCAAGUAGCUUUCUAGAAUAGACCAUUUCCCCAGCUUAGAGGCUCAUUCCUUUGGAUUUGACAUGCACUCCCCAGCACCCCCACCCCACACCUUACUGUUGCUCUCUGGCACUCAAGUGUGACAUAGGUUAAUAGCAAGCUUCCACCUCUUGCCUUUUCUUUCAAGUCUUAUGGUUGUGUGGUUUAGGGACAGAGGUAGGGCCUUGGAUAUAUCAUUUUAGUAUGUCAACUGACCUAGGAUUUGGCCACUUAAUGUCCAUCCCUUUUAGAGUAAUUUAGCCUUUGUAAUGAUUGGUGGGUAAGGAGAUAUUUAGUCAUCUUAUUUCUUCUACCUC